UUGCUCUAGUCCCAGGUAUGCUCGUUUUUUGGUAAUUCACAGCUACUAAAGGCCGCAUUUUUGUUGCCAUGUCAAACAACGAUCUUAAGAAUAACUUUCUGGACAAGCAUUGGGUCUAAUGCGUUCUGUAAAGAGUCAACAGAUGUUUACAAAGCAGGUCUUCGCUCCAGGAAUUCAAGAUCCAAAGUUAACCGAGGUGGAACUCAUUUUCCAGCUUUCGUGAACGCCUUCAAACGGCACAACGUUUUUUGUCAAGACAUCUUUCACCACAAAGCGGCGGUGGGUUCGGUUUCAUAGGUGCUUUUAGGUGGUGGUGGUCGUACCAUUGCCAGCAGGGCAUCACACGUGUAGUGGCACGUCACAGCUCACAUGGAUAGGCGCCUUGCUCCGAAGUUUAAGGCUUGUAGCGUGCUGAGCAGAAAGAGGGAGACCAUUUUGUGCUGUUGCGCUGGGCUGGUUCCGUUGGAUCUCAAAAAAGCAUGAAGAGAAGGGAAAAUGUUCCAAAACAACAGCAACAGCAGAGGAUAGGAGUGUACAAUGCUCGGAUCAGCGGCCGAGCGUGCAACAGGGUGCCGAGCAAUGCUGAAAAUGUCACUGAUGAGAAGAGCAACAAGUAUCUCAGCAUGAGCCCUCUGAAACUGGAUGAAGAAGCUGCGGUUCCUGCUGGUCACAACAGCUUCCAGAGGAAAGGCCAAGCUUGGUUCGUGGCGACAGAGCUUCAGAGCGACUUGGUUGUGGAGGUCGAUGAUCUCAAGUUUCAUCUUCACAAGUUUCCUCUACUUUCAAGGAGUGGUAGACUCAACCGGCUCGUGUUUGAGUCUCGUGAUACCGAGACUGACGAGAUUAAACUCGUAGGAGUCCCCGGCGGCCCCGAAGCAUUUGAAUUGGCAGCCAGAUUCUGCUAUGGCAUGCCAAUCGACCUUAACGCUUCCAACGUUGCAGCAUUGCGUUGUGCGGCGGAGUAUCUCGAGAUGGUAGAAGAGCUCGAAGAAGGCAAUCUCAUUGCGAAGACUGAGGCGUUUCUGGCACUGGUAGUUCUUGCUUCGUGGAAAGACACGCUCACGGUGCUGCUGAGUUGCGAGAAACUCCAUCCAUGGGCAGAGGACUUGCAGAUUGUGAGACGGUGCAGCGAGUCGAUUGCCUGGAAGGCAUGCACCGAUCCAAAGGGGCUGAACAAUUGGCCGACGAUCACUGGCGGCAAGAAAAACGUCGUCUGUCCUUCGAGCUAUAUUGCGAAAGACGGGCGCAAUUUGGCACUGAAGCAGGUUCCACAGGACUGGUGGUUCGAGGACGUCUCUAUGCUGUGCAUCGACCACUUCACUAAAGUUCUCACGGCGAUCAAGGCCAAAGGAAUGAAGUCGGAGCUUGUCGGAGCUGUGAUAAUGUGCUACGCUCUCAAGUGGAUCCCGACUCUAUCCAACACAUGCCACGAGUCCAGCAAAACAGGCCGUGCGGUUGCUACAAGUUCUCCAGCCAUAGUGACCAAGGAGGAUUUCACCUGGCUGCAAGCCAGGAGUAAGCUGGUAGUGGAGAGUAUGGUCGGCCUACUUCCCGGACAGAAGAACUCGGUCAGCUGCGGUUUUUUACUCCAGAUGCUCCGUAUAGCUAGCAUGCUAAACGCGAGUGGUCCUUGCAAAGUUGAGCUGGAGAAGAGGAUCGCCAUACAGCUCGAGCAAGCGACACUGGGUGACUUGCUCAUUCCUUCCGCUCCCCAUGUUUCCGACACACGGUAUGAUGUCGGCCUCGUUCAAAGGCUAGUGGAAUACUUUCUUGCACACGAGGAGGAAACCAGUCCGGAUCGGAGCCCCGAUGCCGAAACUCCGUCGAGCAUAGACAAGGCAAAGUUAAGUUUCGACAACAAGAGCUCCUCCAUCUCGGUUCUCAACGAGCAUUCGUCCGGGAGCAAGAUGAAGGUUGCCAAGCUGCUGGACAGCUACCUAGCGGAAGUUGCACACGAUCCUCAGCUGCCACUGACCAAGUUCCAAGCUCUCGCCGACGCUUUACCAGUUUACUCACGAGCCUGUCACGAUGGACUGUAUAGAGCUAUCGACAUGUACCUCAAGGCACAUCCGACAGCGACGGAACAGGAUCGCAAGAGGCUAUGCAGGAUUAUGGACUGUCAAAGGCUAUCUUCCGAGGCUCGCUUGCAUGCCUCCCAGAACGAACGUCUUCCUCUCAGGACAGUGGUUCAGGUACUCUUCAGUGAACACCUCAAGCUAAAGAACAUAUACGGGUAUGGCUCUUUCGGUGGUGGUGGUACGCAAGUCACUCCCCCCUACUCAGAAGCUACGUGGGAAACAGCGUCCCAAGACAUCAGGUCCCUGAAGAAAGACAUCGAAAAGAUCAAGGAGCAAUUCUUAGAGCUCCGGACUGGCUACAACCACAUCAAGCAGGACCUGCAGAAACUGCUCAAGCCAAGCAAGCGCAGCUCCGCGUCGUCGUCUUCGUGGGGCUGUGGGCUGAAAAGGUUGGGCUCGACGCUUGCCAGUCCCCGUUUCUUUCACUACAGUUCGAGAGAUGACGGGCCAUCAACUCCGGACAUUUUCAAAUCAAGACGUUGGAGGUAACUUUCAAGUUGCUUUUUUCCUUUCAUUUUGCUUUCGUUCCAGCGAAGUAGUUUUAGCUUAGGACGCUCCUUCUACACCCCGUAGAAACGGAGCUGGAGUUUGCAAGCAGCUAGAAGAGGACACUGCUUCGACAAGCCGACCAAUGAUUUGUAGCGGUUGGGUUGUGUUAUGGUGGCCGGGGUAUACAUCAGCCAGCCUGAGCAGAGGUCGGGUAGGAAAUUUACUUCGACAGGGCAGUGAAUCAGUGACUCUCAGUGAAUUAAAAAAUGGAGAGUUGGGGGGAACGGAGACAUGGCUGAAGCGACUGAAUGCGAUGUCUCAGCACGAACAUAGGACUGGCAACAGAUUGAUUGAGAGGGGCCUGGUUUUUCGUUUUGGAGGGAAAGAAGAUCAACCGAGACCGCCAUUACAGUGACACGAUAGCGAUGGUAAUCAGACGAAGAGACGGGCAGAACAGGAAGAACAGGAAUCGGGAGAGAGAAUGAGAUAUGGUUGCUUGGUUCCCAGGACAGGAGGAAGGAAAAGGAAGGUGUCGCUCGCCAGGAAUUUAUCAACAAUUACUCGUCGUCUGCCAGCACCACCGUCACCAGCCAGCAGCAGCAGCAGCCAUCGCUCGACUCGAGCAAAGCGAUAAAGCGUUUCGUGGUUCAAUUCAAACUCGGAAAGGUGGACUUUUGGUGAUACCUGGUGGUGCGGUCCAAGGCUCCAAAUUACAAUCCAAGGCUUCAAAGUCUUGAAAAGGAACCGACAGGUGGUGGCAGCAUCAUGCAUUGAGGAUGAUCCGCCAGUAUUAAUUGUGAUACGGUGGAAGCUUUUAUGGCCAAGGGAAAGGUAACAGAACUACGAUGCCUGCGAUGAGAUCUUCCUUUCCCGUAUUCAUCGUCGUUACGUACACGGCCGCCAGGUGCUCAGGACUUUGAUCGUACGCUGAGCAAAUGAAUUCCUCGAGCAUAACGCGACGUUUAACUUCCGGACGAGUGUAUGGAGAGGGAUGAAGUCCAUCGUGUUGCCUGUCAACAAGCUCCAGUCGUGAAACCAUGCGUAAGCUCCAGCUCCUCAAGUCGAGAACGUUGAGCUUCCAUCCACAACCGAUGGCCACCGCGCCUUCCUCAACUCUAGUCGAGGAGAAGCUUGAGAAAUUCUCAAGCUGGAUAGCCUUCUCCUCGAGCUUUGCUGCCGGUCAUGUUAUAAGAGCUAGUGCCCAUCUCGCAUAUAGAACGAGCGUCCUCCAUGGAGAUGAGUCUUUACCAUGUCUCUAGAGAUUCCGGCUAGAUUCCUUUUCUUUUUGUGUUGUCAAUAAUUUUAUAGAAAGAAAAAUUAUUUUAAA